AUGCCCUCAAUCUUGAAUGACGACGACAAGGAGACCGUCAAGCGCCAUGUGCCCAAGCAAACCAACAAAAUCCACGCCGUUGCCAUUGCUCGCCUCUACGUAGCGUAUCCCAAUCGGUCGAAAUGGACAUACACGGGGUUACAGGGUGCUGUGGUGCUGGCGAAUGACCUGGUCGGCAACACGUACUGGUUGAAGAUGGUGGACAUCUCGCCCGGAAACCGAGGUGUCAUUUGGGACCAAGAGCUAUUCGACACAUGGAGUUACAACCAAGACCGUGUCUUUUUUCAUACGUUUGAGUUGGAAGAGUGUUUGGCGGGGCUGUCCUUUGUGGACGAGAAGGAGGCCAAACAGUUCUUGAAGAAGAUGAAUGACCGGGAGAAGAACGCGAGCAAGGCCACGCUGAAGACACCGUUUGGAGGCUCGGCGCAAGCUGCCCCGCACAAGCAUCACCAUGGUCUGCUUGGGGGUCUCUUCGGUCACCGUCACUCGUCCGCUCCCACUCCGCCCGAAUCGCCACGUGCCCCUGCCGCUUCGACGCGAGAUAACAGAUCCGGGAGCGUCAACGGGUACAAUGCGCCGCCUGUUUUGGCACCGGCCCCCUCUGCCUUUGCCACCCUGGACGCCUUCGACCCGCUAUGGAGAGAACAUUUCGGAGACGAUUUGAAGGCACAGGGUCUUACCGACGACUUUAUCCAGGACAACCAGGACUUCAUCAUUGAUUUCCUCAAGGAACAGCAGGCAAGCCAGGCCAGUCUACCAGUCUCGGCACCCCCUCCCCCACCACCUCCAGUCAAUGGAUCAGGGGCAGGAGUGAAGGCGCCUCCUCCGCCCCCUCCCUCCCGGAGGGCGUCCGGAGGCCCCCCCGCACGCUCUGGUCCUCCGGCCCUUAUUAAAGGCGGUAUUAAAGCACUCAAAAAAGUGGAUCGGAGCCAGAUUCGGGAUCGAUCUGGAGCCCAAGUUCCCGGGAAUGAUACGGGCCCUCAUGGGAGUGGUCUUCCGCCUGCGGGAGUCGGGGCUGCUGCUGCUGGGGGUGCGGCAGGUGGUGGGAUGGCUGAUGCUUUGGCGCUAGCGUUGGAAAAGAGGAAGAACAAAGUUAGCAAGAGUGAUGAUGAGGAUGACGGGGAUGACUGGGAUUAA